CGUCCACAGAGACGGGGAAACGAGUCCACACACGGAAAAGAAAACUUCAGAUUCACUCAAAUAUUUUUAAGCGAGGAGCAAGAGGUCACAAAGUAACACGCCUGUUUCAGAGUAUACCACCUUAUAUCUCUUUCAUUCGGGCUCUUUCGUCGGUUUGCCUUCACAGGCUAGCUCGGCGGCCGUUGCUAGGCGGCUGACGAAACCUGCCGGCAAAAUGAAAUAUUAGCUCACUCACAAUUUUUCUCCAUACAUCAGAAGUGUGAAGGCAAUGGCCGAGGCAGAAGUGAAGGUUGCGUUUGUCAGCAACCUCAAUGGCACGACUGUGGUUGAAGUGUCUCUGGGAUCCUUCCUUGCACCUCUCUGUCUUCUCAGCAGAGGGCUGUUCCUGGUAGUGUUUCACCUCUGUAGAGGUGUUCUGCCACUUGCCAAGGGUGCCCAUCUUCUCUUGGAUUUCACCAUGCUGAUAAUGCCCCUGGUUCUGUCAUGUACUGUUCUCAGCGACAUUCUUCACUGGGUCAUUAUAGGUCUGGCUGUGGCUGACCUUUUUGUUCUGUUCCUCUUGUAUAGGAACAAAAAAACUUCCUCUCAUGGGUCCAUCCUCAGUUCGUUGGACAGCUUUGUGCACAGCCAUGUGGAGUCCAACCUUGUUCCCUUCGUGACUGCAUUCCGUGUGCUGGUCAACGUGAAAACGGCCAUCAGCAUCUUGGCCGUCGACUUCAGUGUGUUUCCAAGACGUUACGCAAAAACGGAGACCUAUGGGACAGGGGUCAUGGACUUUGGCGUGGGGGCCUAUGUUAUGGCCAAUGCUCUGGUUUGUCCAGAAGCUAGAGGAAAGAAGAUUCAGGGCUCCAAAUUCAGCCAUUUGGUUAAACAGCUUCUCUCAGUGUGGCCCCUGAUCCUCCUCGGCUUGGUAAGGCUAGCAAGCGUGAAGUCGACGGGCUAUCAUGAGCAUGUGACGGAGUAUGGGGUCCACUGGAACUUUUUCUUCACUCUAGCCAUAGUGAGAGUGGUGGCGUCUGCUCUUCUCAUUAUAUUUCCAAUCAACAGCUCCUGGCUCGUGGCUUUGCUGAUAAGUGGGGUUUACCAAGUUGUGUUGGAGACAACAGAUUUGAAAUCUUUUAUCACCCAGAAUGGUGAGCGGAACAGCUUUCUAGAAGCCAACAGAGAGGGAAUAUUCUCCGUGGUGGGUUAUAUCGCCAUCUACAUGGCCGGAGUUCAAGUAGGCCUCUAUCUAAUGCGGACAAGAACUUUGGUCAAAGACUGGAUACGGGUGGUCCGGAACCUUCUGUUGGGGAGCUUUGGACUCUGGCUCAUUUUACAUGUGUGCCAGACAUACAUAGAGCCAGUUUCACGUCGGAUGGCCAACUUGUCAUUCUGUAUAUGGACUGUGGCCCAGUCUUUGUUUUUUCUGUCCUGCUUGAGUAUCGGUGAUAUUGCACUGCUUUUUGCAAAAGUGGUGUCAAAUUUCUCUCUUGUGUCAACAUCUUGGAAUCCAUCUGGGAGUUCACAAACAGAGGGAAAGCUAAGGAAAAAAAUGGAUACGUUGUGCCUCGUUCAAUCCGUGAACAGGAACCAAUUAUUGUUUUUCCUACUGGCAAAUCUGAUGACUGGUUUAACCAACAUACUUGUAGACACGUUGAAAAGCAACAAUUUCUUUGCUGUCUGCGUUUUGUUGUUGUACAUGUUCGCAAACAGCUUGGCUAUAUUCAUUUUACAUAUCAAGAAUAUUACAAUUAAGUUUUGGUAAUGUUUUUUGCAUUGUUGUAAUCAGUUUACAAUAACUGAUGAUGCUAAUGUGACAAAUACGUCAUGACUUGAAUAACUAUGACCAGGCUGUUGUGUAACGAUGAACGUGUAACAUUAAAUAAAAGACUUCAUUUAAAG